AUGCCCGGAGUCGACAUGGCGGCACCCCUCGUGGAUGACAUGAGAGUCCUGGGUCAGGACCCUCUGAUCCCGCCUGCACUCCUGAUUUCCGAAAUUCCCAUGACCGAAUCUGCCCUCGAGACCGUAGUCAAGGGCCGUCGCGAAGCAGCUGCAAUCGUUAUGGGUCGGGACGACCGGCUUCUCGUCAUUAUCGGACCCUGCUCGAUCCAUGACCCUGCCACGGCGCACGAGUACUCGGCUCGCUUGAAGGCGCUUGCUGAUAAACUUUCGGGUGACCUUUGCAUCAUAAUGCGAGCUUAUUUGGAAAAGCCGCGCACAACGGUGGGCUGGAAGGGUCUUAUCAACGACCCGGAUAUCGACCAGAGCUUCAAGAUCAACAAGGGUCUACGUGUGUCUCGACAGUUGUUCGCCGACCUCACCCACAACGGCAUGCCCAUUGCCAGCGAAAUGCUGGAUACCAUCUCCCCCCAAUUCCUCGCCGACUUCAUCUCCGUUGGUGCCAUUGGUGCCCGAACUACUGAGUCACAAUUGCACCGGGAGCUGGCGUCCGGCUUGUCUUUCCCUAUCGGCUUCAAGAAUGGUACGGAUGGCAACCUCGGCGUGGCCAUUGACGCUAUUGGCGCUGCGGCAUCAAAGCAUCAUUUCAUGGGUGUCACAAAGCAGGGUUUGGCUGCUAUUACACGGACAAAGGGUAAUGAGCAUGGCUUCGUUAUCCUCAGGGGUGGUACCAAGGGCCCCAACUUCGACAAGGAGAACGUUCAAGCUGCCAAGCAGACACUAAUCAAGAAGGGUCAAAAGUUGGCGAUUAUGAUUGAUUGCUCGCAUGGCAACUCGAACAAGGACCACCGAAACCAGCCAAAAGUUGCCAAGGUGGUCAGUGAUCAAUUGCGGGAAGGCGAGAGGUCUAUCAUUGGUGUGAUGAUCGAGUCCAACAUCAAUGAAGGCAAUCAAAAGGUGCCUGCUGAGGGCCCGGCAGCUCUGAAGAAGGGCGUCAGUAUCACAGACGCCUGCAUCGAUUGGGAGAGCACAGUCACUGUCCUAGAAGACCUCGCAACUGCUGUGAGGGAACGGAGGGAGAAGAACGGCACGGCAAAUGGCAAUGGGGAGGAGCACAAGACCACACUACUCGAGGAAGACUAA